AGCAAUGUUGAAGACAGGUUUCCGGCUGUGUUGAGAUUGGAAGAUGAAAGCAGGGUAUUGCGUGACUUCAAUGUUGUUGACGUGGAGAUACCAGGGCAGUACUUUGCUGAUCAGGAAGUAGCACCUGAUCAUACAGUAAAGCUGGAUAGGGUUGGAGCAGAUGUACCUAUUGUUCGAAGGCAUGGAAGCAGCUUCAGGCGGUUGACUCUUAUUGGCUCAGAUGGCUCCCAGAAGCAUUUUAUAGUCCAGACUUCAUUGACUCCUAAUGCCCGAAGUGAUGAACGGAUUUUGCAGCUUUUCCGUGUGAUGAACCAAAUGUUUGAUAAGCAUAAGGAAUCAAGAAGACGACACAUUGGAAUUCACACUCCAAUCAUCAUUCCUGUCUGGUCUCAGGUCCGGAUGGUUGAGGAUGAUCUCAUGUACAACACUUUCCUUGAGGUGUAUGAGAAUCACUGUGCACGGAACGACCGAGAGGCAGAUCUUCCGAUUAGCCACUUCAAGGAGCAACUCAAUCAAGCAAUAUCAGGGCAAGUGUCAGCAGAGGCAAUUGGAGAUCUUCGUUUCCAGGCUUACAGUGAAAUCACAAAAACCUUGGUCAAUGACAGUAUAUUCUCUCAGUACAUGUACAAGACACUGAUGAGCGGAAGCCAUAUGUGGGCUUUCAAGAAGCAGUUUGCAGUCCAGCUAGCUGUCUCUAGUUUCAUGUCCUUCAUGCUACAAAUUGGUGGGAGGUCCCCGAACAAGGUCUUGUUUGCAAAAAACACCGGGAAAAUGUUCCAGACAGAUUUUCAUCCUGCCUAUGACGCCAAUGGGAUGAUCGAGUUUAAUGAACCAGUGCCUUUCCGCCUCACAAGGAACAUGCAAGCGUUCUUCUCUCAGUUUGGAGUCGAAGGUCUUCUCAUGUCUUCCAUGUGUUCAGCAGCUCAAGCAGUUAUCUCCUCCAAGCAAAACGAUCAUCUUCGGUAUCAACUAGCUAUGUUCUUCCGUGAUGAAUUGCUGUCAUGGUUUGGAAGACGACCUCUUGGUAUGCCGAUUCCUCCCGUUGGAGGGAUUGCUACAUUGAACUCAGCCGAGCUGAAGGACAAAGUUAACUCCAACGUGAACGAUGUCAUUGGCCGGAUCAGAGGAAUAGCCCCACAGUACUUUUCCGAAGAGGAUGAGAACAUUGUGGAGCCGCCACAGUCGGUGCAAAGGGGAGUGAACGAGUUGGUGGAGGCAGCCUUGUCGCCACGCAACUUAUGUAUGAUGGAUCCAACAUGGCAUCCUUGGUUCUAA